CGAGCACUGUCCCGGUACAUUCAUGUUUUGAGUUAGUAGUAGUUACGUACCAAUUUUCGUGUUUUUCACUUUUGCUUUCUAUACUUUUUCUGCAUGCACGCUCAAGGUGGGAUGAGUUGUAAAUACAGUAUCCAUUUGCCUCGUACGAGGAAAGCUUUCCUCACCCUCGUCUUGCCCGUCAGCUUCAAGGCCCCGGACUUGUAGCGACGAAAUCAGCAAAGACACAUCCACAUACAUCCAUAUCCACAUCCACAUCCACAUCCACAUGGUGAUAGAUACCGAAAUCCCCCAUUCAGCCUUGAAGUCUGACCCACCCCGCCUCCCACCAACAAUUGGCUUCGUUACUAUUGUGUUGCACGACCCCCCGUCCCCGUCUUCUCGAGAAAGGUGUAUAGACCCGGCUAGGAAGGCCUCGCCGGAUUGCGUGUUGCGUGUUGCAUCUUUGUGUUCUUGUUCUAUUAAAUCACACUCACACCCACACCCACACCCACUCACAUAGCCAUUAUUGCCACUCACAUCCAGCCGGAACAGGAACAGGAUCAGGUCCAGGAACAGGAGAGUUUCGCAUUACACUCUGCCUACUGCUGCUGCUGCUGCCCACUCCUGCCCACCACCAUACCAGCUUUGCUUUGCUUUGUCGCCCAGCUUGAUUCGCUCCGACUCGACAAUGGCACUGGAGAGUCCCCUGGUCCACUCUCCGGCAAAUAUCAUGUCUGCCCUCUCGCCCUACACGGACUUCUCUCUCUCCCCAAAUUCCCCAGCACCGCACUCCCCGCGUUUUCAAUCGCUGUUCGUGCACCCCCCACCUCCUCCCAAUCACAUUGCCUCUAUAUGUGAAAUUGACCAAGUAGUCUUAGUUCCGCACGCAGUUCCGUAGAAUCAAACGGGCUUCGUCCACACCCAUUUGACUACGGACUGUCUCCCAGCAGCGCCCAAAUGGCCAGCCCAAGUCCCAGUGAUAUGGUUGGUCCAUCGCCCGUCACCUCGAAUGGCACGGAAACGACGGAAAUCGAGGAUGAGGUAGCAGAUGAUGCUGAAGAAAUUGAUUCCGCGUCGAGUAUCGAAGAUUCCGGCGUGCAGCAAACAGCAGUAAGUUUGCGAUGAAUGAGCGCGGCGCAUAGUGCUAACAUGAUGCAUAGUUGAAGCGACUGAGUACCAACCUACCCGAUCGAUUUCGAACGACUCUCGACGACGAAUCGACAGUAUCAGUUAUACAUGCGCCCGAAGGCUUCAGGAAUUUUGUAAGUUUGGUCUGAUAUUGCGCAAGGAGAACAUUGCUGACGGGAAAAGGCUACACCACCAAAAACCAUUACACCAGAACAACCGCCAGUGACAGACAGGGCGACACCCAUUCCUUAUCAUCAUGAUGGGAACGAAUCCCAGGUUAGCAAUACCAAAAUGGGUUUGCUUGCGCCCAAUGAUAAGGUACAUUAUUUCCCCUCUACCCCUCCUCAAAUGCAUAACUAAAGCAAGAAAGGCAACACAACCAAGCCCCAUAUCCCCCCCACCAAUCUCCACAGAUGUCGCGCCUAUCAAAUUUGGACUUGAUAAUGCGACGCCUCGAGCUCAAACCCGCCAGGAAGUUGAAGCUUUCGGUGGCAGCAAGUUGGGACGGUCGAGUAGCACAAACAGCCUCGAAGGUUUGUCAGCUAUUGCCAGUAGCCAGCCACUUGACUCAUGGUUCGCAGGAAUUCCAGAAGAUCAACAAGAGACUGAAGAUGAGUUUGAUACUCUUACUGUUCACAAUUCUGGUGAGGAAGUCAAUGCCCUGAAGACAGCACUUAAUGAAUGCUGGACCUUGUGCAAUACCCUUGCAAGUCUCAGUUCCAUACACCGUGAAAGAAUAUUCAGCUAUUCUGGGACAGGUGAUGCUCAUGAAAAAGCAUGGAAAUGCUGUUGGAGAUUAUGUCAGAAACUCUACGAUAGUCGAGACGAGGACCAUGAGACCCACGUUCGACCCACUUUAGACCUCUGUCGGGAUUUUUGUCAAUCAUUAUUUGACAUAAGACAACAUAAAGACGAGGUUGCAGAUUCCGUUCUGCGAGUAAGUUUUGAAUUAAACAACCAUCUUUACAAUACACAUGACAGGUCGCUUCCUGAGGCCUUCCGUGAAAGGACACUCGACUUUUACAUCACUCUCUGCCACCGCCUUAUGAAGCAGCGAAAUGAGCUUGCAGAAGAAACCGAUGCGCUUUUGCGCGCUUGUUGGUCAUUAGCUGAAAUGCUUUUUAGCCUUCGGCAAAAUAAACGAGACGGCAAGGCAGCAGACGAAGAGCUUCUUGGGUCAGCGGUCCAAGCUUGUUGGGAAUUAUGCGAUUUAUUUCGUGAGGGGUGGACCCAAGUUAGACCUGAACGAGGCACACCGAGACCAUCACAAACGACCUUUGCUCAAACGUCUGAUCAGAUGAGUCGUUCUUCGCAUACAAAGAGUAACAGUUUGACGAGCAGCAGCCUCAAGAGCUUGACUGAGAGUCCAGAGCCUGCCAAACGCCAUGGGAGAUAUCGUGAGCCUGAGACUCCCACUACCGAGUUUGAGGAUACACCUAUAUCACCUGAAGAGACUUCACCAAUUAUCCCCAAUAUACUAGUGCUAGGCACUGAAGGAAAUCGUGCUUCAAAUGCCCGAUGGUCUAGUGCAACUUCGAAUCUCUCUGGCUACUCCCAAGGAAGCCAGAAGUCCGCUAGUACAAUCACAUCUACCAACAACGAGGAUGUCAACCUCACACGUCUCAAAGUCCUUAUCCUCAAAGCCGCCAUGAAUGCCGGGUUUACUCGCACAACACCAACAACUUCAGCACCAAGUAAAAACGAUCCACCUGCCCUGCAAAACUUUGUCAAAGCACUUCCCACGGGGUCUUUUGGCUCUUCGCCAGCGCAUGCAGCUCUACUUAACGCGUAUCGAAACUUGGUACUGGGAGAUCCGACAUUCAGAAAUGCAAACGCGCUACCCGCGAUGGGGAGAAAAGCGAAUGCGGCUGAUGUUGCAAAGAGUGUUAAGUGGAUGAUGAACAGUGGACGAUAUUCGUUUUUGAAGGAUUUAUUCCGAUUAGUGUUUGGCUUUCAUAUCGAAGAAGCGGAUGGGAGAAACCAUGUCAGUAUCACUGUUUAG